GCGGUGCCCGCAGAAAUUUGAAAUGGCUGAGGGGUUGCUGACGGGUUUUGGUCUGGGGUCCGAGGCGAUGGGGCCGCAACCGGAGCGCACGGGCUGGGCGGCCGAGGAGGAGCCGGCGCCGCUGGAGAAAGCCUUGUUCCAGGAUGGAGGUUCAUGCAGCGACAGCAGUGGGAACAGCGGGCCAGGGUCCCGGCUACCCAGCUUCACGCUGCAGGGGAAGGCCAGCUUCCCGGAGAUGUUCCAGACGGGCCACCUGCUGUUCUACGAGCGCUUCGCCGCCUACCAGGACUACAUUCUCGCCGACUGCAAGGCCUCUGAGGUGAGAGAGUUCACUGCCGAGUUCCUGGAGAAGGUCCUCGAGCCAUCCGGGUGGCGGGCAGUCUGGCACACGAGCGUGUUCGAGGUGCUGGUGGAGGUCACGGACGUGGACUUCGCGGCCCUGAAGGCCGUGGUGCGGCUGGCGGAGCCCUGCCUCUGCGAGUCCCCCCUGAGCACCUUCACCCCGGAGUGCGUGCAGGAGCUGCUGGACCUGAAGGCGUGGCGGCUGCCCCUGCAGGAGCUCUGGGUGGUGUUUGACGGCUCCGGCGCGCUCGACCAGACCGCUCUCGCCAUUGAGCACGUCAGGUUUUUCUACCAGCACAUCUGGAGGAGCUGGGAUGAAGAGGAGGAGGAUGAGUACGACUAUUUCGUCAGAUGUGUUGAGCCGAGACUGAGACUGCACUAUGACAUCCUCGAGGACCGCGUGCCUUCGGGGCUGGUCGCCGACUACCGCAGCCUGCUGUCCCAGUGCGAGGAGGUCUACGGGAACUUCCUGAGCCUGCGCAGCAGCCUGUCGGCCUGUGACUCGGACAGCGAGCAGGGGAACCUGUCCAUGGUGGAGGGGCUGAAGCUGUACUCGGAGAUGGAGCAGCUGAAGCAGAAGCUGAAGCUCAUCGAGAACCCCCUGCUGAGGUACGUGUUCGGGUAUCAGAAGAAUUCUAACAUCCAAGCCAAGGGCGCCCGACCCCAUGGCCAGAAGGUCACCCACGUGGUGGCGUCCACCCUAACGGCAGGGCUGCUGGGGUCCCUGCUCCGGGACAGGCUGUGUCGCGAGCCUUGCGAGGAGGAGGCGGAAGUCCAGUUCCACAGGGACCUGCUGUCGGCCGUUGGCGCCUGCUACGAAGGCGACACCGUCAUUGUCUGCCCCGGCCGUUACGUGGUGCACGGCCCCUUCGCCCUCGCGGACUCCAUUGAGCUGGAGGGGUUUGGCCUCCCGGACGACAUCGUGAUAGAGCAGAGGGGCAAGGGUGACACGUUUGUGGACUGUACGGGCGCCGACGUCAAAAUCUCAAACAUCAAGUUCGUGCAGCACGAUGCGGUGGAGGGGAUCUUAGUCAUCCACCGGGGCAGGACCGCCGUGGAGAACUGUGUGCUGCAGUGCGAGACGACCGGCGUCACCGUGCGCACCUCCGCGGAGUUCCUGAUGAAGGCCUCGGACCUGUACGGGGCCAAGGGAGCGGGUGUGGAGAUCUACCCCGGGAGCACGUGCACGCUGAGUGACAGCGGGAUCCACCACUGCAAGGAGGGCAUCCUCAUCAAGGACUUCUUGGACGAGCAUUACGACCUUCCCAGGAUAUCCAUGGUGAACAACAUCGUCCACAACAACGAAGGCUACGGCGUCGUGCUGGUGAAGCCCACCAUCUUCUCCGACCUGCAGGAGAGCGCCCCCGGUGGGGCCGGAGAAAAUAAAGCCCUGAAGUCCCAGACCAGUGGAGAGGCAGACGCAGCCGAAAGAGUGGACCUGGAGGAGCUGAUUGAGUGCGCGGCCGGGAGGGCGGGGCUCGGCGCCAGGCCCGGCCUCUCGGAGCAGGUGGAAGGCAACUGCGAGAUCGUCAGCGAGCUGGUGGCCGCCUCCACCCAGAAGGGCCAGAUGAAGAAGAAGAGGCUGAGCGAGCUGGGGAUCACGCGGGCGGACGACAACCUGAUGGCGCAGGAGAUGUUCGUGCGCAUCGUGGGGAACCAGUUCAGGUGGAACGGGAAGGGCAGCUUCGGCACAUUCCUGUUCUGACCUGGUGCUCAGAUGGGGGGUGCGGAGCUCGGCACCCACGCCCGAGACACUCCACUGCCGUGCCGGCCCGCCUCCUGUCCACGCCGGCCUGUUCGACCGAUUCGAGCGACGUGUGGGCUCCCGGCUGCAGGCGCACGGAGAACGUUCUGUCUGGGUGAGAGGUGGUCAAUUCAUGUAAAACAGAAAGUACCGCAGACUUCCUCCCUAGAAAGGCUCACACGGUUCUCUGACGUCGGGCCCACUGGGAACUUCCCAGUGAUGACACAGCCUGGUGACCCAGCACUUCCCAGAGCGGGAGGGCGUCUGGGAGCGCUGGACACAGCACAGGGUCCCAGUCCGGUCCCACGCACAGGCUUCCAAGGCUCCGAGCCUGAGCCUGACGCCCUUGCGUCUGGGUGUGGGGCGCUGCCUGCUUCACAGCCUCUGCAGGGGGGUGGCCCUCGCGAUCUGCAUCGCCAUGGGAACAGGAGGUGGUGGAGCAGUUUGCAGCGGAGGCGCGGCCUGCCACCUGGGGCCAGGGCGUCCGUGGGCACUGCUGCUGGGGGCGCUGGGUAACCCGAAGCUGCUGCCUCACACCAGGGGCUCUGACCUGGCCUCUGCAGACGGCACCCAGUGCGAGCCACGCCGGCGCCGUGCUUGUGGCACCACCCGCCUUUUAAAAAUAUUUAUAUUAAAAGAUACUAUAUGUGACAUUAAUAUGCCUACUGAUUAAGUUUACACUGAUGAACUAACAAGUUGAAUCUUGGUGUGUUUUUCCUAACGCGUUACGGGCCAGAGUGACCCUUCGAA